CGGACGGUGGACUUUAAACGCGAGUAAUUUAUUUCUGCUACAUCAUUGCGGGUUGUUUCUUCCGUUCGGAAAGCGCCGAAUUAGAGACAGUCGGAAGCGCGAAAAUUGAUUCGCACGGCUUGCAAGUUGCUCCCGAAGACCCGAUAAACAUGCAGGAACUACGUUUCGUCGACCGAGUGGUUGUGGUGACGGGAGCGGGCGCAGGUUUGGGACGUACCUAUGCGCUGCUGUUCGCGUCCAGGGGUGCCAGCGUGGUCGUAAACGACUUGGGCGGCAGCAGACACGGGGAUGGGAGCAGCACCAAGAGCGCGGAUGCUGUGGUCGAGGAGAUCCGACGGAACGGUGGCAAAGCUGUCGCGAAUUACGACUCCGUGUUGGACGGUGGGAAGAUUAUUAAGACCGCGAUCGACGCGUUCGGCCGCGUCGACGUGGUCGUCAAUAAUGCCGGUAUUCUGCGGGACGUGUCGUUCGCGAAGAUGACGGAUGAGCAGUGGGACAUGAUUCACAAUGUCCAUCUGAAAGGCGCGAUGAUAACGACGCGAGCGGCGUGGCCGUACUUCAUGAAGCAGAAGUACGGCCGUGUAAUUUUCACGUCCAGCAACAGCGGCCUGUACGGGAACUUCGGCCAGGCGAAUUACAGCUCGGCGAAACUGGGCCUCGUAGGAUUAGCCAACACACUGGCCAUUGAAGGCGCGAGGAAGAACGUUUACACCAACGUUAUAGCACCCACGGCCGCCUCGCGUUUAACGGAAGAUAUCGUUCCGCCGGAUUUCUUCGAGCAAUUGAAGCCUGAACUGAUAGCACCCGUCGUCUGUUGGCUGUGCCACGAAGAUUGUACAGAAAAUGGUGCGCUAAUUGAAACGGCAUUAGGGUGGGCUGGCAAGUGUGAGUAUCAACUGGCGAGAUUUGCAAAACCGGUUAUACCAGGUCAGACCCUACGUACUGACAUGUGGCGCAGCGGUAACAGAAUACACUUCCAAACAUCUGUCCACGAGACUGGAAAGCCGGUUGUUACAGGCGCUUACAUUGAUCUAUUGGAGGUGAAAAUGGGCGUACCGCGAGCAAAUCCGUGUUCCGGAAAGACAGAGCUGUCGAGCGACGCUAUAUUUGCGGCUAUCAACGAUGCAGUAAAAGAGAAUCCGGAUAAAGCUAAGAGCGUUAAUGCUGUCUUCCUUUACAAUAUUACCGAUGGCGGAAAACUAGCAUCUGAAUGGACCCUUGACUUGAAGAAAGGUGAAGUGUAUAAGGGAAAACCUAAAUCUGGGAAAGCAGACGCGACGCUCAUUGUAGAUGAUAAAGAUAUGGUUGACAUCGCACUGGGAAAAUUAAAUCCGCAGUUGGCGUUCAUGCGUGGGAAAUUGAAAAUAACCGGGAAUAUUAUGCUCACGCAAAAACUAAAGAGUGUUAUGGAAACUCACAAAGCGAAGUUGUGAUUUUUUUAUAUUAACAUAUUAUCCUUAUAUUAUCAUGGUUCUUUAAGCGAGUAACGCAAUUUGCGUGAUAUAAGAGUGCAAUAAAUUACAUGAACUCGAACUGGAAGUAUUUGUAUGGACUGGGGAUAUACGCAUUUUUAUACUAGUUAUUGUUUGUUCCAACGGGAACUUUUAUAAGGAAUUUGUUGCAGUCUGGGGAAAAUCUUGAUUUUAUGUCUUUAUAUAUGUUUGUAUUGUAAUACAUUUAUAAUAAAGUUAUCGCUCGAUCGC